AUGGCUCAUCUACCGCAACCACGCGGUCGUUCAAAUUCAAUUACUUCCAACCCUUCUUCAUCGUUAUCCUCUCCGAACGGUUCACAUCAUGAUUUUACAAACAUUAUCAAUCAUCAGAGUGUUGGAACAUCGAUACCAAACAACAACAAACAUCAAAAAUCGACGUGGCUAUUGGUGAGACUUCUAGAUGCAUUAAUUUAUAUUGUAUCGGAAUAUGCAAAAACGUUAAUCCGAGAAUUAAUUUUGUUAUUUGGAUAUUUUCUUCAUUUGUUAGUGAGUUUUAUAUUAUAUGUGUUUCAUCGUCCGGGUCGGUAUGAUGAGACACUAUUGGCACAACAAAAAGCAUUUCCGAAACGAUCCACUUCUUCAGCCUCUUUAGCUCAUCUCGACAUGUCGAAAUUAUCAAACGAUGAUGAUUCCUCUGUUGGAGUUGGAAUAUUUGGGAGGUAUGACGAUGAAAUGUCUCAAACUGGGCGAAAGACUUGUUCUUCGGAAGAUCAUGGUAAUGAAAGUAGUGACAGAAAACGGUUAACUGAUAGAAAGAAAGUAAACUUUGAUAAGGCUGACCAUUUGAUUAUUAACACAAAUGUUCGCAAAAACAGUUUUUCAUCCAAUGUGACUAAAGGAGGCGAUACAAGCCCAACCAUUGAAACUGGAUCAAUUAUACAGCACUCACAACCUACUACUAAUUUAUUUCCCACAUCCACCUCUUCUCACAUUAUGAUCGGAAAGAAUUCGUUUCGAAAAAUAUUGGAAUCCUCCAUGAAAUUGAAAAAGGUAUCCAGUAUUGGUCAUUUAAUUUCUCCAAACACAUUGUCAACAAGCUGUGUUACUCCUACACAGGUUGAAAGCAGUGGAGCCAACAUUAUUUCAGAGUACCCUCCUGUGGAAAGUAGUACCGCAAGUCUGGUAGAUUCAGAAUGGACAGAUUAUGAAAAUUUGGAUGCUAAUUUCGAUUAUGACUUUGAAGAUGAUGUAAGAGAGGAUAUCAAACUCAUCUAUGAAGAGAAGAGGCUUGGGGCAAGAAUUCUUGAUUUUAUUGGUGAAAUGUUUAUGUGGUUUAUCAUGCUAAUUAUUUACUUACCAAGUUUGUUUAAAUCUCCAAUCAACUCUAAAAAAGCAUCUAUUGAAGCAGACAAGGUGCAUUUAUAUGAAAAGAAGUCUACAGGGCUCUUUGAGGAUUUAAUCGACGCCGUUUUUGAAUGCAUUGAUUUAUUAGCAAAAGCUGCAAGGUUAUUUAUUCGAUUCAAGAUGAGAGAAUGUUUCAAAACCAUGAAGGAAUGCUUUUUACUUUUCAGACUUUCUAACUUCCUCUCCACUAGAGGUAUUGACGACAGAUCCAUCAGUCAAGUCAUUAUUGACAAUGGCUUCAAAUCAAAGAAUUAUAUUUGUUCAACAGAAGAUGGCUACAAAGUUGAACUGAACAGAAUUCCCAAUGUUCAAAGCAAAACAGCGGUCUACUUUCAACACGGAAUUUUAGAUAGUGGGUUCACAUGGAUUGGUAGCAGUCCCAACGUAGGCUUGGCAUGUGCUGCAAAUGGAUAUGAUGUAUUUCUUGGAAACUUGAGAGGAUAUGGUUUGGCCAAAUGUCACGGAAAACAUGCACGAGAAAGUAUCACUACCAGAGAAUAUUGGGAUUUUAGCAUCAACGAACAUGCAUUCUAUGACGUGAAAAGCUUUGUUAAGAAAAUAAGAGAUAUCAAAAAGAAAGAAUAG